UAUAGAAAGAAGAGGGAAAUAAAUAAAGUAAAGAGAAGCAAAUAAUUCAUAUAGUAUUAUUUGUCUAUAAAUAAAGAGAUUCAAACCCACAGAAUUAUCCACAUUUCCACUCUCUCGUUUACUUCUUCUUCUUCUUCUUCGUUUCACCCACUCACUUCAUUCUCUCUCUAUCUAUCUUCAAAACAAUGGGAAACAUGUUUGACAGUAGCAAGACGAUAUGGGGAAACAUGAACCAUGGAUCGUCACGUUACUCUCUCAACGGCAAAAUCAUGCUUGCUUCCGUCAUCAUCCUCUUCUUCGCCGUCAUUUUAAUCCUCUGUUUCCACAGCUACGCCAGAUGGUUGUUCCGCCGUCAAAACCGCCGUAUUCGCCGCCGUAUCAGUGCUCACCUCCGAUCACUCGCCGCCGCUCGAGACCCCACUCAAUCUUCCUCAUCUCUAUCUCCUCUUGAUCCGACGGUGCUCGAGAAGAUCCCGAUCUUCGUCUACUCCGCUAAAACCCAUGAAUCUCCACUGGAGGAGUGCUCUGUUUGCUUAUCGGAGUUUGAAGAAGACGACGAAGGACGUGUCCUUCCCAAAUGCGGACACGUGUUCCAUGUUGAUUGUAUCGACACGUGGUUCCGGUCCAGAUCAAGUUGUCCUCUUUGUAGAGCUCCGGUUCAACCCGCACAGCCGGUUACCGAAUCCGAACCGGUUGCUGCCGUGUUCCCAUCGGUUAAACCAGUGGAAGAUACCGAAGCCGGAAGUUCUUCAUCAUCGGACGAAUCCGAAUCCUCGACGCCGUCUUCCUCCUCUGGGUCCCCGGUGAGGUUUCCGAUGGAAGCUUGUGAGAGAGCACCGAUUGAUUUAAUCGGUAUAAUUGUGGAGAUCCCCAGGGAAUUUGAAGAUUCUAAUUCGGGUCUACCCGGAGAUAACGGGUCGAAUACCCGGACUUCAUUACAAAGGCUAUGGAGUAUUUGAUUACAAAAUUGGAUAGUGAUGGAAUCCGACCCGAUAUCGGGGGUUCGGAUUCUGAAGAUUGGGAUAACCGAUCCGGUAAUCUGGGGAAGCGGGCAGAAUCGUAUUACUGGCAUGGAAGACAACACGUGGCGUUUUGGAUAUCCACGUGGCAAUCGUGGGGACGUUUGCUUCAUAGAGAGACGGCGUUUGGAAAAAAUGAACGGAAGUGAGAUCAUAAAUUAUAAAGUAACGGAGCCGUUUGAACAAUGUAUAUACCAGACGGUGUCGUUUAAGUAGAGAGAAACAAAUCGCUAAGCGAAGCUCUCCCACCAAAAGUCCAAAACGAUUCUCUUUGUUUUUUUUCUUCUUCUCUUAAAAAUGGGUUGAUUUGAUAAAUGUAAUUACAAUAAGUAAACGUAAUUGACGGUUCAACGAAGACAUUUGAUCGAUAUUUUAUCUUAUUUUCUGUAA